GAGUGGCUGUGUGUGUAAACACAGGGGUGUGUGUUGAAGAAGAGUCGAUGAUCAUCAUGAUCUGGAAUCAUGCAGCUCAGUGAAGGACUAAAGACGCUCCGGAGAUGCUCGUGAGAUGAUGCAGAGGGACGCACGUGGAUGGCAGAGACUCCAGCAUCCUCUCAGGACAUUGAGUUUGUGAGCGUUGCGCAGCAGCACAGUGGCUCCCCCUCAGGUCAGUCGGAGUACUGCAGCAACACCCAGCCACAAAUCUGCUUCAUGGCCACAAAACCAAACCUCUGCAGACCGUAUGACUCUUACCAAAAGGUAAACUUACAAUCAGGGGUCAGUGAGGCGACGGGAAAGACAUAUGAGAUGGAGGUCAAAGGUCACCUGAUAACAUGCUCCGAGCUGCAGGGCGCUGCGGACAGUAAGCAGCGAGCGGAGCGGAUGGUAGAGCUGCAGGAGCGCUGGAGGAGUCUGCACUCGCUGCUCAACACUCGGAUAGCAGAACUCAAACGUGUGUGUCUGCAGGAGGCGGAAUUAACAGGAGAAGUUCCUCAAGAAUAUCCUCUGGAAAGCGGAGAGAAAGUCCCUCAUGUGCGGCGGAGGGCUGGUCUGUCUCGCAGCGGGUCCAAACACAACACCAAAAAUGAGGAAGAGGACGUCUCUCAACGCAAGACAAAGAAAACUCUGUUCAGCGGCGCCCUCCGCAGACACGUCGAUUCUGAACAGCAUCCUCCACACAGCAAACGCACGGUUCAUAGAGGAUGCCACACAGAUAACACAGUGAAGACCGAGAGCAGCUCCACGUUUGUUUCAACCAAUCAGGACACUGAAGAUGCCUCUGACGGUCUGUCAGCCUCACAGCCCCGGCUGGUCUCGGGGAGCCCAGACAACAGGUUUUCUCGAAAACUCUCCCCAGUGGAGAUCUAUUACGAGAUCAAAACACGCCGCAACUCUGUGGCCAGCUCAGCCAGCCCGAGUCACUCUCUUCCAAGGAGUGUGUCGAAUCUGGAAGGUAGAAGUGUCCCGGCAACUCCACUUCUGUCCCGCAAUGGAAUAACAGGAGUGCACAUCAGGUCAGAAUCCUCUAGCGGCUCUGCUGCUGUGAAGCAGUGGUCAGACAAUCCCGAGGCGUCCCAUCAGGUGCCUCUGCAGUCUCAGGAGGGGUCGUCCUCAGGGUCCUAUGAGCAAGGGCACAGACGUAGCAAUAGCUCUGAGACAUUACUCGACCGGCACGGCUCCACAGCGGAGGACGGAGGUCAAAGGUCAGGCAUGCCUGUACGGAACGGCCCAUAUAAGAGCUCGGAAGCCAUCAUGGACUCGACUUUAAAACAGGCGCAGCGUAGCAGUCCCGAGCGGCAGGUAAACGGGCACACUGAACUGGCACACGUUCGCUCGGCCGCAGGAGGUCGGGGAAUGAACGGAGGUUACAGUGAGAUCCUCAUGGAUUAUGUGUGGGGCAAGCAGCAGAAGAUGCAAGCUCAGCAACAGCAAAGACUGCAGGUGCAAAGUAAUGCAAAAACCCUGCCGUGGGCCGAUGGUCCCAAUGCUCCACCGCCUCCUUACAGGAACGGCUUUGCCCAGUCUCAGCAGCUUAUCCUAGGCAACGGCCCUCCGGCCUACAGUCCUCUAAUGCUGAGAGGGAAGCCCGGCGAGCCACGGAGGGUCAAAGUGUCACGCACCAAAUCCUGCGGCCCGAUCGUUCCCUUACAGCAGCACCAGCAAGAGUCCAUCCUGCUCACUGCCUACACCGAAAACAACACCUCCAAUGCAACACAUAACCAGCAGAUCGACCACCCCCACAGGCCACCUCAUUACCCUCUCGACUCCUCCGCGCCCACGACCCAAGACCCCACACGCAGCCUGCACAAGGCCCUGGCACUGGAGGGUUUGAGAGACUGGUAUCUGCGGAAUGCGUUGGGACAGACGGCCAGCGGAGGAAAGGGCAAAGAGGGGACGCAGACCCAGCGCAGGCGUACCACGUCCUCUCUGCACAACUCACACCCCAAUCCACCGCUCAAACACCAGCCACAGUCCUUCCAAACAGACACGUCCUGUCCACACAUCCCCCAGUCAGCCACAUUUCAUGGACUCCCUCUACACGGCAGGUCGAAGGAGCUUUCUUUGUACCAAGAUACCAUUUCAUCUAAAAUGCAGGACAUGACACUUAAAGAGAGCAGUAAUGACAGACCCACGCCAGGCACGCUGGUCUGACGCACAAACAAAAAAGACACCCAGACACAAAGAGACUACAGCAAACACCAGCUUACAUGUGUAUGGAAUGGCAGACUGAGAGAAUGCAUGAUGGACUAUUAAAGAGACCUUUUGAUUCCUUUCAGUGGUUAUAGAAUUAAAUAAUUCUGACGGAAAUCAAUCGAAUCAAUGUUAUACUAACAUAUGCUAAGAUACCCUUGACAUGGGACAAAUACUCAUACUCAAGACUCUUUUCAGCAUGAAAUCAAGCUGUCUUCAAGUUUCAGAUCAUCUCUGGGUUCCUGCAGACUUCUUAUGUAGUUUCCCUUUUAAUCAGCAAAAGUAGUUGCAAGCUCUGGCAAAAGAGACAAUAUGUCAGCACAUUCCUAUCAGGGAACAAUGUGAGUUCAUUCUGUCACUAUUUCCUUGAUACGGAUUUGUCACAAAGUAUAUACAAAGAGUUCUUGUUGUUCAUGAGAAUCCAUGAGACCUUCCAUAAGUCAUACUAGAUAUUUAAGGCCCUUUGAAAAAACAAAUCAGGAUCUUCUCAAUGUUAUAUGGAAAUAUUUCUAUGCAAAUUACAAUCAAGAAGACUGUGUUUAGACAAAAUUAAUAAUUUGAGUUUUGGUCUUGUCAUUCUGAGUAGCAAUUUAAAAAUAUGUAGGAGAAAAAAAAA